UAGAGUAUUGAUGAUAUUCAUGCGACAACCAUCUCAUUUAUGCUUUACGUUUUUGUGGUUGAAAAAUUGCAGGAGUAUGAACACUAUAUAUUCCCACUUGGAGUAGCUAUAGUUUUAUCGGGCAUGUAUGAGGAUGAUUUAGAUAAUGCUGAAGAUGUUGUCUAUACUGGACAAGGAGGACAUGACCUAACUGGUAAUAAACGUCAAAUUCGGGAUCAAGUUAUGGAACGUGGUAAUCUAGCACUCAAGAACUGUGUGGACCAAGGAGUGCCUGUCAGAGUAGUUCGUGGUCAUGAAUCUGCUAGCAGUUACUCUGGAAAAAUUUAUACAUAUGAUGGCUUGUACAAGGUUGUUAAGUACUGGGCAGAGAAGGGUAUUUCUGGGUUUACUGUUUUUAAAUAUAGAUUGAGGCGGCUUGAAGGACAGCCAACAUUAACAACUAGCCAGGUUCAAUUUACCUAUGGGCGUGUUCCCAAGUGUCCUUCAGAAAUUCGCGGGUUGGUGUGUGAGGACAUAAGUGGUGGUCAGGAGGAUGUUCCCAUUCCAGCAACUAAUCUGGUUGAUGAUCCACCUGUUGCACCGACAGGUUUUACAUAUUGCAAGUCUAUGAAAGUUGCACAAAAUAUAAAGCUCCCUACUAAUGCUGCUGGAUGUGAUUGCAAGGGAGUUUGCUGGGAUCCCAAGACUUGUGCUUGUGCCAGGCUUAAUGGUUCUGAUUUUCCAUAUGUGCACCGUGAUGGCGGCAGAUUAAUUGAAGCCAAGCAUAUUGUUUUUGAAUGUGGUCCAAAAUGUCGCUGUAAUGCUAAUUGCGUGAAUCGUACAUCUCAGAGAGGAUUGAAAUACCGACUGGAGGUCUUCCGUACUCCGAAGAAAGGAUGGGCAGUUAGAUCCUGGGAUUUUAUACCUGCUGGUGCCCCAGUUUGUGAAUACAUUGGAGUACUCCUGAGGACAGAAGAACUGGAUAAUGUGUCUGAGAAUAAUUACAUUUUUGACAUUGAUUGCUUGCAGACUAUGAGAGGGCUUGGUGGAAGAGAGAGGCGGCAACAAGAUGCGUCUUUGCCAAUGAUCCAGAACAUGGACAAAAUUGAUGAACAGAGGCCAGAGAGUGUGCCAGAGUUCUGCAUUGAUGCUGGUUCUUUUGGAAAUGUUGCAAGAUUUAUCAAUCAUAGCUGUGAACCUAACCUCUUUAUCCAGUGUGUCCUGAGUGCGCAUCAGGAUUUUAAACUAGCUCGAGUGAUGCUCUUUGCAGCAGACAACAUUCCCCCUUUGCAGGAGCUUACCUAUGACUAUGGUUAUGCCCUUGAUAGCGUUUAUGGUCCUGAUGGGAAGUUAAAACGGAUGACCUGCUACUGUGGAGCAGAAGAUUGCAGAAAGCGCUUGUUCUAGGUGUUGAAUUCGCCAUUGUAUGCAUUGGCUCUGAUUCUUGCCAUUAUUUUCCAGACAAAUGGUGGACAAUAUAUUGGUUUCCCAGGGUAGUGUAUGAUGAGGUGCUGCUGGAUGUUAUUGUCUUAUUGAUACCAAUUUUUGUUGCAAGUGUAGAAAUCUUGAUGCCCCUAAAAUGAAAAAAUACACUUUAUAAUCUAUUUUAAUAGAUAGAUCAUAGCUCAAGGGAAUUGGUGAAAAAGAAAUAGCAAGUAGUUUAUGCAGUAUUAUCUAUAGAUAUUGGAUUGUAAGACAUUUAUGUAUGGAGGUUUCGAGAUGUGUAUAUAGAUCAUUAUUUUUGGCA